AUGUCACUCAUUUGGCUAGGUGUGUUCAUCUUCCUCUUGUCAGCGGAGAAAACCAUCUGCCAGUCACCAAACUUGGAACUGGAGGUGAAUGAGCUUGUUUAUGCAGGUAUGGCCGCACGAGGAAUCCCAACUGUGAGUCUGGCCGUUGUUCACAAUGGGACUGUGGUACUGACAAAAGGUUAUGGUGUCAAGGACAUCAUAACCAAGAGCUGUGUUGACGCAGAUACUGUUUUUGGAAUAGCUUCAUUGACUAAAGCAUUUACUAACGCUGUCUUAACUAAGAUGCUCAGAAACAGUUCUGUCUAUGAUCUCUCUUCCACUAUCAAGACAAUCCUGGGACAAAACACAACCUUCAACAGCACGCUGCUGUCCAACUUCGCCACAUUGAAGGACCUGAUGGUUCAUGCAAUGGGCAUUCCUAGAAACAACUUUAUGCGGCUGGACAAUGAGCUAACCAGAGAAAACCUCAUGGCGCGUUUGCAGUAUCUGCCAUCAACGAAAGAAUUUAGAGGAAGUUUUGUCUACAGUGAUUUGAUGUAUGGUCUCUUGACACACAUUACAGAGGUACUGCAUUUUUUUAAAAAUCUUCUUCGGUGGCAUAUCAGUAUUAGCACUCUUCUGUGGGAGGACAUUGUCGCUUCAGAGAUCUUUCAACCUUUAGAUAUGGCCAACUCCACAUUUAUGACCAGGGUGAAUUUCUCCAGUCCAAAUGUGGCUGCCCCAUACUAUGUUGACAAAAACAAACAGGCAACAUUGAUUGAUGCAGAUUUUUUAAGGGUCUAUUCGAGCAAUGGAGGAUCAGGAGCUAUUAUGUCUACAGCAAAUGACAUGGGCAAGUAUCUGCAGUUUCUGGUCAAUGGUGGCAAGAACCAGGAGGGGAAACAAGUGGUAGAGACUUCUGAACUUCAGGCAGCGUUUGCACCGCUCGCAGCCUUGCCUUUGAGCUCACAACAGUAUCCAAUAGCAAAACCGGUUACCCCUGUAACCAUGAGCACGGAUAACUAUGGUUUGGGCUGGAGACGGGGAUACUACAGAGGUUAUAAAAUGAUCCAGCAUACUGGAUCAACCCAUGGAUACAAUUCUAUGAUUACCAUCCUGCCUCAUUCUGGAAGUGCCGUCUACACCGCCUUGUCUGGAUAUGAUGGUGGCUACAGUUUCCGGGCCAGCUUGCACUGUGCUAUCUUGGAUCUGCUUCUGCACGAGACCCCUUGGAUCAACUCUACAACCAUCGCCAGUUUUCCUUCUCCUUGGGUUAGAGCAGCCCGGAGAAAAAGAAAUACCCUUAAUGUAGUUAACAAUGAGGAAAAAGAUGGUUAUAUUGCAAAGAAAUUAGCAGAAGAAGCGGAGGAUGGUGUCUGGUGCGACAACAUCUUGAAUAUGUCACUGAUCAGUUUUACAGGUAACUAUUUUCAUGGAGCUUACGGCAAAGCAAAUAUCACUCUUGAUUUAGCAGCUAACAAGCUAAAAAUGUUUUAUGGGAUUGGAAAAUGGAAUCUGAGUUACACCGGAAGUGAUUUGGAGUUUAAUGCUGACUGGUUAGGUCAGCCACCUUCGUAUGACAUUCAGCUGAAAUUCCUGGCUAAAGAAAACGUCUAUGGUUUUGAAUGCUUAGAUUGUGACCCAAAAUAUGUGCCUACUUUUUAUAGACAUCAAUAUGUUUCCUCCUCUUCAAAUAAUAAUAAUAAUAAUGCGUACAUCUUUGUUGUUGUCAUUUUCUUUAUUGGAUUUAUUAACCUUUAA